GUGAGCUGUGAUUGGUCACAGCUUGUCACAUGGUACAAGGCUGUUGUGAAUGGCCCUGUACCAUGUGAUCUUUGUGAUCAUUCACAGAUUUCACAUGUAGUAAGCAAUGAUCUCAGAAGUGACAUCUUGCUUACUACUCUGCAUGUGUUCACUGAUUGGCCAAUCAGUGAUCACAUGAUCAGGACCUCACACAGAGGUCCCGUCCGAUGAUCGUUGUUCCACUGCAUCUGGAGGACACAGCGGGCACCGGAUCGCGGUGCUGCGCGCUCCCAGGGAGCGCGCACAAGCAGGGUGCGGGGAGGCCGUUUAU